AUGAAGAUUCUAUCACUCUCAGCCUCAAAACCCCUUCUCCACCGUCUUAAACCCCAAACCCCAAAAUCGAAACCCCCAGUCUUCCUCCUCACCCACCACCUCUGCACCAAUCCCACUUCCAAUCCAAACCCACCACCCCAAAACGACGACGUUUCCUUGGCAACCCAAUUCCUCCAACUCCUCCAACCCAAUGAGAAAGACUGGAACUUCGACCAGCUCCAGACCCUCCUCUUCUCCAACUCAACCUCCCCUUCACCUCACUCUCUAUCUUCGGCAUUGCAGGCCGUUCUGGAGCUCACAUUGCGAGAACGCAUCUCCGAAAAGAAGCUCUUUGAGCUUUAUCAGAUGGCGAAAGAGCGCAAUGUGGAGCUUAAUGUGAACACUGCAGCUCUGCUUAUUCGGUCUUUGGAGAGAGAUGGUAUGGAGGAGGAGGGUCUUGUUGUGUUUAAAGAACUCGAUUCGGAGUUGAAGAGCACGCACAUUCGCAAUGUGGUGAUUAAGAUGUUGGUGAAUAUGGGGCGAGUUGAUGAUGCACUGAAGGUGCUCGACGAAAUGCUUGACCCGGAAGCUCAGUUUCGGGUUGAUGAGAUUACAGCGGAUAUUGUGAUUGGAUCGUUGUUGGGGAAAGAGAAGAAAGGGAGGGGUGUUGGUGAGGAGGAGAUUGUGGGUUUGGUAUCGAAAUUUGGUAAGCAUGGUGUGUUUCCGGAUAGCCGGAUACUUACUAAAUUGGUGACUGUUUUGUGUAGGAAUGGGAAGGUCAGUCGCGCUUGGGAUGUUUUAUGUGAUGUCAUGAAGAUGGGUGGUGGUCUAGAAGCUGCUUCUUGCAAUGCGGUUUUGACAGCGUUGGGAAGAAGUAAUGAUUUUAAGAGGAUGGGGGAGGUUAUGGUGAAGAUGGAGGAGAUUGGCAUUAAGCCGAAUCUUAUAACAUUUGGUUUGUUUGUUAAUCAUUUAUGUAAGUCUAGGAGAAUAGAUGCUGCCUUGGGGGUGUUUGAGAAGAUGAGUGUAGGAGUAGAGGGGGUUUCGGCUAAACCAGAUGUGAUAAUAAUAUAUAACACUUUGAUUGAUGGACUUUGUAAAGUGGGAAGGCCACAAGAAGGAUUGAGUUUGAUGGAGAAGAUGAGAUCGCAAGAUGGCUGUGCUCCCAAUACUGUUACUUACAGCUGUUUGAUUGGUGGUUUCAACAAAGUUGGGGACAUUGACAGAGGUCUUGAGCUCUUCGAAAAAAUGAAGGAGGAAGGGAUACCACUAAAUGUUGUCACCCUCAAUACGUUGCUUGAUGGUUUGUGCAGGCAUGGGAGACUGAAUGCUGCACUUGAGUUCUUCAAGGAGAUGCAGAGGGAUGGUCUGAAAGGCAAUGCUGUUUCUUACACUCUCUUAAUCUCUUCCUUCUGUGAUGUGAACAAUAUUAGCAAGGCAAUGGAGUUGUUCAAUCAGAUGUUGAGCGCUGAAUGUCCCACAGAUGUAAGAGUUUAUCACUGCUUGAUCUCUUGUUUAAGCUUAGCCGGAAGGAUGGAGGAUGCCAGCUUUGUUGUUUCAAAGUUGAAGGAGGCUGGGUUCUCCAUGGAUACCGUUUCCUACAACGUAAUGAUUAAAGGUUUCUCCGGGAAAAAUAUGCCUGACAAGAUUCAUGAGAUGAUUGAGGAAAUGGAAGCAUCUAGAGUGAAGCCUGAUAGCGUCACAUACAACACCUUGCUUGCCUACUUAAGCAAAGCUAGGGACUUCAAAGGUGCACAUAAAGUACUUGACAGGAUGAUGGAUGAGGGUAUUGUUCCCACUGUUGUCACUUAUGGUACAUUGAUUCAUGCACAUUGCUUGGAUGGCAAUAUCGACAAAGCCAUGAGAAUCUUCAGAGACAUGGGUUCUAAGUCAAAGAUAUCUCCAAAUACUGUAAUAUACAAUGAGUUAAUAAAUUCUUUCUGCAAGAACAAUGAUGUGGAACAAGCUCUUUCUUUGGUGGAUGAUAUGAAGGAUAAGGGGGCGAGACCUAAUACGCAGACGUUCAAUGCCCUGUUCAAAGGCCUUAGAGAGAACAAUUUAUUAGAGAAGGCGUUUCAAUUUAUGGAUCGAAUGGUUGAACAGGCCUGUAAACCUGAUUAUACAACCAUGGAAAUUCUUACCGAAUGGCUUUCUUGUGUUGGUGAAAUAGAGAGGUUGAGAAAGGCAAAGGGCAAAGCCUUGGUGCCAACAAAAGGCAACACCACUGCGUGCCCACAGAAGGCAAAGCUGCAGUGCCGGCCGAAGGCAACACUAACGUUAUAUAAGUUGUUCAGGGCUGAGAGAAACUUGCAGUGCCGACAGAAGGCAAAGUUGCAGUGCCAGCAGAAGGCAAAGACGAAGUGCCGGCAGAAGGCAAAGCCUGUUUCUACUGCUGAUUUCAAAGUGACAGAGGGCAAACCCUUGGUUCCAACAGAAGGCAACACCGCUGCGUGCCGACAGAAGGCAAAGCUGCAGUGCCAGCAGAAGGCAAAGAAGCAGUGCCGGGAGAAGGCAAAGCCGGUUUCUACUGCUGGUUUCAAAGUGACAGAGGGCAAAGCCUUAGUGCCAACAGAAGGCAACACCGCUGCGUGCCCACAGAAGGCAAAGCUGCAGUGCCGGCCGAAGGCAACACUAACAUUAUUUAAGUUGAUCAGGGCGAGGAGAAAGCAUAAAUGA